AUGAAACCUAUCUAUCUAUCUAUCUAUCUAUCUAUCUAUCUAUCUAUCUAUCUAUCUAUGAUCAAUUUCAGUCUGGUCACAUCUAUCUAUCUAUCUAUCUAUCUAUCUAUCUUCAUAUCAUUCCCAGUGUUUUCAUACCUUCUGUUCAUAUCUAUCUAUACCUCUGUCUGUUUUUUGUUUCUCUAUUACUUUGUCUCUAUCAAACCUUUUUUUUUCUAUCUGACACCAAAUAAACUUUAUCUUCGUCGUCGACACCUUUUUUUUGUUGUCUUCUUUAGACGAGGGAAGUUACCUCGUCUGGCGCAACUGCAAGUUCUUCUUCGUCCGAGGCGCAAAACCAAACUCCAACUGCUUCUUCUCUGCCUGUCCGGCCUGCAACUCUUCUGCCUGUCUUUUGCAACUCUUCUGCCUGUCCGACAUUUUUAUCACCACUGUGCAACCAUAUAUUUCUGUCCUUUUCCUAUCUUUUAUUUUCCUUUAAUCUCUACUCUUUCAUUUCCUCUUCUUCUUUAUCGUUUUCUUUUUCUUUCUUUCUUUCUUUCUUUCUUUCUUUCUUUCUUUCUUUCUUUCUUUCUUUCUCCAAAUCUAUUUUUAUCUCUUUUCCUUUUUGCAAUACACUUUUGCUCAUCUUUCGUCAUCUCCUUUUCUUUUUCUUUCUUUCUUUCUUUCUUUCUUUCUUUUUUUUUUCUUUUUUUCUUUUUCCAUUUAAUCUUUCUACUCUACUUCUUUCAUUUCACCACUGUUUCUUUAUCGUUUGCCCUUUUCCUUUCUUUUUUUUCUUUAUUUUCUUUCAUUUACUUCUUUUUAACAAAUCUUUUUUUUAUUUUCUUUUACCUCUAUUUUUUCUCUUUUCUUUUUCCUUUUCUUUCUUUCUUUCUUUCUUUCUUUCUUUCUUUCACUUUUUCCGAGUCUAUUUUUAUCUCUUUCCUCAUCGCAGCACACUUUUGCUCCACUUUCUUCCACUUCUCUUCUUUUUUCUUUUCCUUUUCUAUUGACCUUUCUUUCUUUCUUUCUUUCUUUCUUUCUUUCUUUCUUUCUUUCUUUCUUUCUCGGCCGAUUCCGUUUCUCUUGUUUUUUUUUACUCUUUCUCUCCAUCUCUCUCUCACUUAUUUUCCUUCCUGUUAUUUCCCCUUUCUUUAUUUCCUUCCUUCCUUCCUUCCUUCCUUCCUUCCUUGCCUUCAUUCCCCAGUUGAUUGCUUAUUUCGAUAG